AUGUCAACCACUGAAUCGAUUAUGGCCAACACGUCGGCAACCGUCUCUUCUACGUUAACACUUCAUGGAUUCGAUCCACGAACAACAAGUUGGGAAUCUUAUCGCGAUAGGUUAUUGUUUUACUUCAAGGCGAACCGAAUCAACGUAAACGAUGACAAAAAAGCCUUAUUGUUAUGGGCAAUAGGUGACACCGUUUACUCGUUGUUAGAAUCGUUAGUUGCUCCUGCGCGACUAACCGAUGAAGAAGUUUCUUAUGACGACAUUGUGGCUAAAUUGGAUCAACAUUACGAUUCAACAAAAAACAUAAUGACUGCAAGCUUCGACUUUUACUCUUGUUAUCAGAAACCGGGGCAAAGUUUCCAAGAGUGGAAAGGCGAACUCUGUAGUAAGUUGAAACACUGCGGUUUCACAUCGUCCUGUUUGGCGAAGAAACCUCAGGACCGAGCACUUCGCGAUAUGUACGUCAUCGGGUUACAUGACGUCAAAAUCCGCCAAGCUCUUCUCAAAGAAACAGAUCCGGAUCUUGACAAAGCUGAACGUAUUAUUCAGACAGCUGAACGUCUUCAAGCUGAUCUCAAACAAUUCGACAAUGCUCAUAAACGCAACGAGUUCCAAGUAGCAAAACUUCACAAUGGCAAAUGGAAUCGACAGAAUAAACAACAACAAAACCAACGAAACAACAACACCAAUAACAAACCGAGUUCGCCAUCAAAAGCAUGCGACGGUUGUGGCUCGACGAGUCACACUCGAGUCAAUUGCACUUACAAGGAUAUCGUUUGUAACAAUUGUAAGCGUAAAGGACAUUUGUCACGUGUUUGUAGGCAGAAGAAAGAUUCAGUUCAAGUAAAACACAUUUCGACAGUCUACCGAGUAGACUCUAAAAAUACAAUGCCUCAUGCAGUGACUAUGAAUUUACAAGUGAAUGAUUGUUCAACGGAAAUGGAGCUGGAUACUGGAGCGUUACAUACGAUUAUCGACAAGUCAACCUGGCAGAAGAUUGGCUGUCCUCGAAUCCAGCCAUCUAAACUACAGCUCAGAUGCUAUGGUGGUACAAUCCUGAACAUUAUGGGAGAAUGUUUAGUUAACGUCAAAUACGAUAAUCGGUCAAUGCAAUUACCAGUAGUCGUAGUGCAGGAUCCACGACCCUCAUUGCUUGGUCUUAAUUGGAUUCAUCGAUUGAAGGUAGAUUUGAAUCGCAUUAUUUUUGACACAGACAUGUCUGUCACUGGAUUACACCGAAUUUUGGAUGAUUCGGAUCUUCAACAAAUCAUUCACAAACACCAAAACGUUCUCAAUACUGAAUUAGGGCAUUGUUCCAAAAUCAAGGCACAUAUUCAGUUAAAACCUGACGCUCAUCCGAAGUUUUUCAAAUCUCGAACGAUACCUUUCGCAUAUAUGGAUGCCAUUCGAGAUGAAAUUCAACGUAACUUGUCAGCUGGCAUCAUUGAACCAAUUGAUAUAUCCGAUUGGGCAGCGCCCAUUGUACCUGUAAAAAAACCAAACGGAAAAAUACGUAUUUGUGGAGAUUACAAAGUAACGCUAAAUCCGCAAAUGAUGAUUGACCAAUAUCCAAUUCCGACAAUUGAUGAAUUACUUGCUCGAUUAGAUAACGGUGUCAAAUUCACAAAACUCGAUCUAUCUGAUGCUUAUCUUCAGAUCGAAUUAGACGAAGAUAGUAAAAAAUUGGUCGUAAUUAACACACCAAUAGGACUAUUUCGUUACAAUCGAAUGCCAUUUGGAAUUGCAAAUGCACCGGCGAUAUUUCAGAAAUUAAUUGAUCAAAUAAUUACGGGUAUUCCAAAUACGGUCGCGUAUUUGGAUGAUAUCCUGAUUACAUGGAAAACCACCGCCGAUCAUCUACAGACAUUGGACACAGUGCUUGCUCGCCUUGCAGAUUUUGGACUUACUUGUAACCCAUCGAAGUGUUCAUUCUUCAAAGACGAGGUCAAUUAUUUGGGGUUUAUUAUUGAUCAACAUGGCCGGCGUCCGGACCCGACGCGAGUCGAUGCUAUUGUUCGAAUGCCUGUUCCACAAAAUAUCAAACAGCUGGAAGCUUUCAUCGGGAAGGUCAACUAUUAUGGAAAUUUUAUCGAAAAUUUCUCAGCAAAAUGUAAAGUAUUGAACACUUUACGACAAUCGGACGUGACUUGGCAUUGGAGUACACAAUGUCAACAAGCAUUCGAGUCCUUGUUGAAUGAAAUAUCAUCUGCUACUCUCUUAGUACACUUUGAUAAAAAACUGCCUCUCAUUCUCUCGACAGAUGCUUCUCAAUAUGGCAUCGGUGCUGUUCUCGCUCAUCGAUAUUCUGACAAUUCGGAACGACCAAUAGCGCAUGCCUCUCGAACACUUACAAAAGCUGAACAAAAUUAUAGUCAGACAGAGAAAGAAGCUUUAUCAAUUGUCUAUGGAAUCAAAAAAUUUCAUCAAUAUUUAGCUGGACGAUAUUUUGAAUUAGUAACGGAUCAUAAACCUCUACUUUCAAUUUUCAAUCCAGUUAAACCGCUACCAGUAACAGCGUUGAAUCGUCUUCAACGCUGGGCGAUAUUCCUCAUGGGGUACAGUUAUACUAUUCAAUAUAAAUCAACUACUCGUCAUAGUAACGCUGAUGCACUAUCACGGUUACCCGCUCCAGAUGAUCAUUCAGUUGUCGAUGAUGAUACACUCACUGUUAAUUUUAUUCAAAAUGAAUUAGCAGCAAAUUGGCCCGUGACUGCUGCUGAAAUUGCAACAGCGACUGACAAAGAUCAGUUACUAGACACUGUACGAAAAUUCACUAUUUCUGAGUGGCCUCAGAAGGUGGACCUAAAACAACCAGGAAUACGUUCGUAUUUCAAUUCUCGAAUUUCUCUUUCGGUGGUGAAUGGCUGUCUCUUGCGAGACAUGCAGGUAGUGAUACCGACAUCACUACGUCCUAAAGUACUUCGGAAACUACACGAUACACACAUUGGCGUUGUUAAAAUGAAACAACUAGCUCGUUCAUAUUGUUGGUGGCCGGGUAUAAACACCGAUAUCGAACGACUUGUACGUACGUGUACACCUUGUUCACAGAUACAACCAAUCCCAAAACAAGAAUUCAAAUCUUGGGACGAACCAAUGGAUAGCUGGUCUCGUGUACAUAUGGAUUUUCUCGGGCCUAUAUGGAAUUCAAAAUGGCUCGUGUUAAUCGAUGCAAAAUCCAAAUUCCCAGUUGUAAUUGAUAUGGGUAACGAUACAACGGGAACGAAUCUUAUUGAUGGUCUCGAAAAAGUUUUUGAUUGGUUGGGUCCAGCCGAAACAUUAGGAAUCACUCAUGUUACUACUGCACCGUACCAUCCGGCCAGUAAUGGUAUUGCCGAGCGCUUUGUACGUUCUUUUAAAGAAGCAUUAACAAAAGAGUUAAAUUCAGGUGCAACAGACAAAAAUACAACAGUUCGACGAAUUCUCCGUAAUUAUCGAUGGACACCUCAUACAAUUACUGGUAAACGUCCCGUUGAGUUGAUCUUCAAACAUUCAAUUCGUACCGAACUUGAUCUAAUGAAACCUGUUGUAACAUCGGAUACAACAGACAAAUCGAAAUUUUCGAUUGGUCAAUUUGUCUGGAUGGCUAAACAUCAACUGAACAAACGUCCUCAAUGGAUUCCAGCUAUUGUGACGGACCAUGUUGGUAGUAUGAUGUAUAUGGUACAAACGACAGAUGGUCAACGACACAAACGUCAUCAAAAUCAAUUACAUCAUCGUUUCUCGUCACACAAUUCCUCAAUUGACGAUCUUAGUUUGCCAGAUGAAAUUGAGUCAUCGUCUUCACCUGCUGAACCAACCAUACCUGCACCAGUACAACAACCACGAUACCCACAACGUAAUCGUCGACCCCCAGAUCGUUAUCAACCUUGA